AUGUCACUACAGCGGAUGCUGAAGCUGCACUAUGUGCUGGUGCUGGUGCUGUGUGUGUCAGCCAGCGAAGACUUCGACUGGACCAAGAAUGAACGCGGCUCAUUCUACUAUGGCACUUUCCCAACUGGGUUUUCCUGGGGGGCUGGGGGCUCUGCGUACCAGACAGAAGGAGCCUGGGACAAGGAUGGCAAGGGGAUGAGCAUCUGGGACGUGUUCGCCCACAAGAAGGGAAAGAUCUUCCUCAACGACACUGCAGACCACUCCUGCGAAGGAUACUACAAAUUCAAGGACGACAUCACCUUGAUGAAGGACAUGAAGUUUAACCACUAUCGUUUCUCCAUCUCCUGGCCAAGGAUAUUUCCCAACGGAAUCAAAGCUGAUCACAUCAAUGAGAAGGGAAUUAAAUACUAUGAUGACCUGAUCAACAUGCUCCUGGACAACAACAUCACACCAAUAGUCACCCUGUACCACUGGGAUCUGCCACAGGUGUUACAGGAGAAGUACGGUGGAUGGCAGAACGUCAGCAUGGUGAACUAUUUCAACGACUUUGCCAACUUAUGCUUUGAGCGGUUUGGUGACAGAGUCAAAUACUGGAUCACCUUCAACAACCCAUGGUCUAGUGCUGUGGAGGGCUAUGAGACUGGAGAACAUGCACCUGGACUGAAGAUGAGGGGCACUGGGGCCUACAAAGCUGCCCACCACAUUAUCAAGGCACAUGCUAAGGUUUGGCACACCUAUGACACUCAAUGGAGAAGCAAACAGAAAGGCUUGGUUGGGAUCUCGUUGUUGGCAGACUGGGGGGAACCAGUGGACAUCACCAACCAGAGAGACAUCGAGGCAGCAGAGAGAUAUGUCCAGUUCUACAUGGGCUGGUUCGCUACACCCAUCUUCAACGGGGACUACCCUCAGGUCAUGAAAGACUACAUCGGUAGGAAGAGUGCCCAGCAGGGUCUAGGAACCUCCCGUCUCCCCGUCUUCUCUUCCCAGGAGAAGAGUUACAUCAAGGGCACCUGUGACUUCCUGGGUAUUGGCCACUUCACCACGCGCUAUAUCACCCAGAAGAACUACCCGUCUGGCCGCGGGAACAGCUACUUCACCGACCGUGACCUGGUGGAGCUGGUGGACCCUCGCUGGCCCGACCCCGGCUCUGAGUGGCUCUACUCUGUCCCCUGGGGAUUCAGACGCCUGCUUAACUUCGUUAAGACUCAGUAUGGGAACCCCAUGAUCUACGUGACAGAGAAUGGGGUGUCAGAGAAGGUGCAGAGAUGCACAGACCUGUGUGAUGAUUGGAGGAUGCAGUACUUCAAGGAUUACAUCAAUGAGAUGCUCAAGGCCCUUAAGGACGGCGUGAACGUGAAGGGUUACACAGCCUGGUCGCUGCUGGACAAGUUUGAGUGGGACGAAGGCUUCUCUGAGAGGUUUGGCCUGUUCUACGUGGACUUCCUCAACAAGAAUAAACCACGUUACCCAAAAGCCUCUGUUCAGUACUACAAACGCAUCAUCAGCUCCAAUGGGUUCCCCAACCAGAGAGAGGUGGAGAGCUGGAGAAGGAAAGCCACAGAGACGUGCUCCUCCAGUAACCAGCUGCUAGCUGCAGCUAGAAGAAAGUCCCAGCAGGACAAUAAGGAACAGGCAGGGAUGCCAAAGGUUUGGCCAGUGCAUGAUGAAGUUUAG